AGGUAGUACUUGGUGGGUAUUCGUCGCGUAAGGGCUACAGUUCGGUUGAGUGUGCUUGUCUAUCGUGAAGUCGGAGAACCGUGAUCACUAAAUGCAGUCAUUUUCAAAUCAUCCCACCGGGUUGCUCCCGGUCGAGGAAAACUAUGACCCAAACAAACCAUCGAUCAAGGAUUUCUACGCCGGAAGGGACAUCUUCAUUUCCGGCGGAACCGGGUUUAUGGGCAAGGUGUUAAUCGAAAAAUUGCUACGAUCUUGUAAUAAGCUGAAUAGGAUUUUCCUUCUGUUGCGAGAGAAGAAGUCCAAGAAGAUAGAAGAUCGACUUCGAGAGAUCCAGGAGCUACCGCUAUUCGAGGUGCUCCGUAAGCAAAAUCCGGAUGUACUGAAGAAGAUGAUCCCAAUCAGAGGCGAUGUAUCACAACUGGAAUUAGGAUUGUCGGCGGAAGACAAAAAACAGAUGAGUGAAGUUUCGGUAAUCUUCCACGUGGCCGCGAAUGUUCGAUUUGACGACUCACUGAAGGAUGCGGUCAUCUUGAACACUCGUGGUACGCGUGAGAUGAUUCGUUUCGCAGAAACACUUAAAAACUUGUGCGUAAUGAUGCAUGUUUCGACGACGUAUUCCAACCCGGACAAGUAUAUUAUCGAGGAAAAGAUCUAUCCGCCGUACGCCGACUGGCAAGAAAGCAUCAAACUGGCCGAAGAAAUGGAUGAACGCACGCUUGAAACCUUCGCUCCCAUGUAUAUGAGCAUGCUACCGAACACUUACGUGUUCACCAAAUCUCUUGCCGAGCACAUAAUCAACGAUCACAGGGAAAAGCUGCCGUUGAUCCUCUUCCGGCCGUCGAUCGUCAUCUCCAGCAUGCGAGAUCCGAUCCCCGGCUGGAUUGACAACUUCAACGGACCGGUAGGCCUGCUGGUGGGCAGCGGCAUCGGUUUGUGCCGAACCAUGUACUGCGAUCCGAACACCGUUGCCGACUACACGCCGGUUGACGUUUGCAUCAAAGCGAUGAUCGUGGCAGCGUGGAAGAAGGGCUCCGCCGUUAUCCAGAGCACCCCAAUAUCGCCGGAAUCUCAGCAGUUGGCGGUCUACAAUUGCUGCAUCUCGAAUCUACGGAACUGUACCAUGUCGCAGAUCGUCGAAAUGGGCAAGGUCCUCUCGGACGACAUUCCCCUGGACCGGUGCGUCUGGGCUCCGGGUGGCGGCAUCACGCAGAUCAAGAUCCUGAACACCAUCCGGGUGAUGCUGUACCACAUCAUGCCGGCCAUCCUGAUCGACGCCCUGCUUCGGGCCAUGGGACAGAAGCCUUUUGUGGCCAAGCUGCAGCGGAAAAUCUACAACGCUAACCUAGCGCUUGCUUACUUUAUUCACAACAACUGGGACUUCAGGAACAGUAACUUUAUCCGUUUGGCGUCGGAGAUAAAACCGGAGGAUAACAAGGACUUCUACUAUCGUGACUUCAUCGAGUUCGACAUAACGCUGUACUUUAGGAAUUGUAUCCUUGGCGCCCGUCGCUACCUGCUGCACGAGAAGGACGAAAACAUCCCAAAAGCACUGCAGCAUCAUCGUCGCAUGAAGUUGCUGGAUAAAGUAUGCAAAGUGCUUAUUGUGGUCGGCUUCCUCUAUAUAGUGCUUAUCAAAUCGGACCUUCUGGGAUUGUCUCUCUAUCUGGCUUCGUAUAGGACCAGCUAUGAUCUACAGCGGUAAACUAACUUGAAGUGUUUGGCAAUGUUAUGAACAAAUAAAUAUUAUUUCCGGUUAUAGUAACGAGUUAUUCAUACAAAUGUUUUUUUUUUUUGUAUAGCUUGUUAUUCUAAUUAUCUAAAAUUCAUUUAAGUUUAAACCCGGAAUGGAAUCGGAUUGCAAAGUAUCGGCUUCAGUGCUUUCUACAAUCUAGAUGAGGAAGGUUUAUACUUUGUUGAAGCAGAGGGAAACGAUGGAGGUUUCAAGCGAAAAUCAAAUCGAAGGGCACGAAGAAGAGGCUAUGAGCAUGGCGGAUAAUUCGAGACUGUAAGGUUGUGCUCGGAGACGCGCAUUUUGCUAUCUUGCCCAAACAACAACCAGUUCACUCGAUCACUUAAUGUUUAUCAAGAAAUAUUACUUCUAUACGAAGACGAAUGUCUACUAGUAAGAAGCUUGUUCCAGUUGUUUCCUUCUUGAUGUCCGCCAGGCAACUUUUUGUAAUCUUUAGGUUUGAUUUCACAGAAAAGCAACAAUGGCGCCAUUCUAUACCACUCAUAUCAAAUAUCACUUCCACUUUUCAUUAUUUAAAUUCACUAAAACCCGUUUGAAAAAAAAAUGCCGUCUGCAGAAUAGAAGCUUAGAUUGUAUUAGAUAUUUCUUUUACUGUCCUACGAAAG